AGUGUCAAUUCAAAAAGCAUUCUGUAUGAACCGUCCUUAAGGCUGCGUUUUAAGGCUAUUUCAUAUGGGUAAUGAAGACUCAUGUGUCUCAGUAAUUUAACAGCUUGUGCUUUUAAAUCUUGAAAACAGUUGUGAUACUGCAGUGCAGUUUAAUUUAUCUCAUCCUACGUCAUGACUAGCUGUUACUAUAUAUAAAAUGAUGAGCACAAUUUUUAAAGGAUGCAUUUACAAAGCAUCCACGCAUAAUAAUAAUCUUGUGUUAACUUAUUAUGUGCAUGAAUGCCAUUAUACUCAGUACAUCUGCCUGAAAAUCUGUCCAUAAAGCCAUGUAUUAAUUUUUUCUGCAUCAUGUGACAAACAAUGUGAGGUGUAAAGAAUGAAAUCACCGUCAGAUGCUAUUAACUCCAUGCAAUGCUAGGAGACAUGCUGUAUUCCUAUAUACAUAGUGACAAGCAGGCAUUAAAUACCAGGAUGGAGCCAAAUGGUUGGAGGGGAGGGGUUGAAAAAUAACAGUCAGCGCUCUGUGAAAUCAACCGAAAAGAAAAUCGUUUCACGGGCAGAGAAAGCUAUUGCAUUUUGAUGAAAGAUUACAAAGAUAAACUGUUUUUCUUUCGAAUAACAUGCAUUUUCUGAUCCUGUUAUGUCCUUCUCUCUGCAUCGCUUCCUAUCCUAACUGCACUGUCCAUAUGAAUAAAUGUGACAAAAAUAUUCUGCAGAGGUUCAAAACAAUAUGUCUAAAAAGUACAAAUUCAGCUCAACCCUGCAUUCAGUUUGGACAAAUUAAAUGUUAUGGACAUGAAGGUUAUAAAAGUGCUUCACAUGGCAGUGAAUCAUGUGAAGUGGAUUUAAGCAGCAUUGUUUUCACAAAGGUGGCAGAGCAGCUGAUGACUAUAGCCUAUGAAAACGGGGUCAACCUCUUUGACACUGCAGAGGUCUAUUCAGCUGGGAAGGCUGAAAUAAUCCUAGGAAACAUUAUCAAGAAAAAGUGUUGGAGGAGAUCAAGUCUGGUCAUCACCACUAAACUGUACUGGGGAGGAAAGGCAGAGACAGAGCGUGGGCUCUCUAGGAAGCACAUUAUUGAAGGUCUGAGAGGUUCUUUGCAGAGGUUACAGUUGGAGUAUGUGGACGUGGUUUUUGCCAAUCGCCCCGACAGCAACACACCAAUGGAGGAGAUAGUGAGAGCCAUGACGCAUAUCAUUAACCAUGGCAUGUCCAUGUACUGGGGCACAUCACGCUGGUCAGCGAUGGAGAUCAUGGAGGCGUAUUCUGUAGCGAGGCAGUUUAAUCUGAUUCCUCCUGUGUGUGAACAGGCCGAAUAUCAUUUAUUCCAGAGGGAUAAAGUGGAAAUGCAGUUGCCAGAGCUUUACCAUAAGAUUGGUGUUGGAGUGGUUUCCUGGUCUCCUCUAGCCUGUGGCAUCAUCACAGGGAAAUAUGACAACGUCAUCCCAGAAUCCUCCAGGGCCUCUUUGAAGUCAUACCAGUGGCUGAAGGAGAAGAUUCUGAGUGAGGAUGGCAGAAAGCAGCAGGCCAAGCUUAAGGAAUUGACCCACAUAGCUGAGAGGCUCAGCUGUACCCUGCCACAACUUGCCAUCGCCUGGUGCCUCCGUAAUGAAGGAGUGAGUUCUGUUCUCCUGGGGACCUCCAACCCUGCACAGCUCACUGAGAACCUGGGGGCGAUACAGGUUCUUCCAAAGAUCACCGCUAACGUGGCCUCAGACAUCGACAAAAUCCUGGGUAACCGUCCCCACAGUAAGAAGGACUACCAUCACUAGGCCUUUCUGUGAACCUGUAAGCCUUGAGACUCAGGAUCCCGUGCCAGCCCUCUUGUGUCGGCGGGUGUCCACAGUGUGCGAUUCCCACCAUUGUGUGUCUGUGUCAACUUCUCUUGCUGAGAGCCAUUGUUACUGUUACAGUAGAAAUGCUAAAGUGUUAUGCAUGCUUCUGUUCGACCUAUACCUGAGCUCAACCUCGCAUUAAGAUCUCUGUGGAGACAAGCACAAAAGCUCCUGGACUCCCUCGUCUGUGGGGUUCUGUAUUCAGCCGUCAUAACCCAUAUGUGCCAAAGUGAACAUGGUCUUGACCCUUGACCUCCGGACAUCCAUUCUGAACAGGGACGAAUGACCGGCCCUUAUGAAUGGCCCUGAUUAUGGUCUAUAAAAAAAUAAAGUAAGGAAACGCACUGCAUAUCAUUCUGAGAAUGUACAAACUAAGAACUGUGAUGUAUGGCAGAGCAGCAUGUAGAGUUGAACUGUGUACAUUGGUAAAAAUGUGUUGAAUUAAAAAGCCAUCAACAGCAAUGUGGGCUGUUAUUGUGUUUAAAUGUUCUCCAAAAAGUUUAACAUCUUUAAAUGACUGCUUGUGUAUGUUUCCUUUGUAAACCCUGCAAUUUGUGUCAAGUCCGUUCAACAAUUUCUUACUUCUCUAUUGUUUUAAAUGUACAUUAUAAAAGAAACUUAGUUUGUUCAAAGGCUUAUCCAGUGUUGAAGUUACACUGGUUAAAGAUUUAAAUGCUUGCUGCUGUAUUUGGCAACUUUCGAACUGCUAAGCAGUACAUACUUGAGUCCCGAGAGUGACAGAAAUGCACAACUGCUAAAAGCAACUAGUUCAUGUCCAUGACAAAUGGGGUCAGAAUGUUUACAGACUUGAAAAUGAUGAAGCUGUUAAUUAAUGCAUUGUGCAGUGCUUUUAACAUUAAAAUAAAAAUGUGCAUCUCCAGUUUGUGGUGAUU